AAAAAGAUUGUGCUGAGAAUUUUAUAAUUUUUCAAUAAUCAGGAGAAGCCAGAAUUAGGUUUUGAUAAGAACUCCGUUUGAAACGUAAUUAAAGAGAAAGUGUUCUAUAUAAAAAUAUAGAACAUGUUUCAAUUUAGCGGAUUCAAUAUGAUGUUCCCGGACGCAGGACGCGUUUUCAAGGCUUCUUAUAAAUGUUUUUCAGUGUCGAUGAUGCCCGGUAAUGAGCGACAAGAAAUAGAGAAUGGUGGCAAAAUAAUCAUGCCUGCGUCGGCCUUAGAUUCCCUUACCCGUUUAAAUAUUGAGUAUCCAAUGCUAUUCAAAUUGACGAACCUUAAAGAUUCUCGCCAUACUCAUGCUGGCGUUCUGGAGUUUGUAGCCGAAGAAGGAAAAUGUUACUUGCCUUAUUGGAUGAUGGUUAAUUUGUUUUUGAUAGAGGGUGACAUACUUGCAAUUGAAAAUGUCUCGCUGCCAGUGGCCAAAGUCUCCAAAUUUCAACCUUUCAGUGUUGACUUUUUGGACAUUACUAAUCCGAAGGCGGUUUUGGAAAAUGCUUUACGUAAUUUCGCUUGUCUAACUACUGGUGAUAUCAUAGCCAUCAAAUACAACAAGAAAGUCUAUGAGUUGCGCGUUUUGGAAACAAAACCAGGCGAUGCGGUUAGCAUUAUAGAAUGCGAUAUGAAUGUGGAUUUUGAAGCUCCUGUGGGAUAUAAAGAAAAAGUCGAAGAAAAGAAAACAGAUGAAGCGUCGCAAGAUCAUGUUAUGGAGGAAGUGAUCGAAACAUUCAAAGGCGCAGGAGUACGUUUAGAUGGCAAGAAAAAAAAGGAAAAUCAAUUAGAUACCAAAGGAGUUAAAAAGGUUAAGGCCCGAGGUGUCCCGGAUUAUGAUUAUAAAUUUGGGCAGUUAACUUUCGAUCGUUCCGUUAAGCCAAUUAGCGAUCGCGUAGUUGAAAAUGAUUCCAAUCCUGUGCCAACUAACGAUGGUUUCCAAGGUCAAGGUUGCUCCAUGAAGAAGUUACGCAAAUAAAUG